AUGAGGCAUAUAUGGUUGGCUUUGUCGGGCCGUUCAGGCUUUGGACGAGAUUGAAUCAUUUGACGAUCGAGAGAAGAUCGGAGGACGACGGCCGACGGAUCAAAGCUGGUUUCUACGUCAUCGGCAAAAUUUUCUUCUAAAUCUGGGCCUUCAGGAUGGAGCACGGAUGGCAUAAUGGCAGGCAGGAAUCACGAUCUAGAGACAAAGAGCAACGAGAGGUGGAGGCCUAUGAUAAGGCUGUUCUUGAGGAUCUUGCAGAGGAUUUCCGUCUGCCAAUUAACCACAGGCCAACAGAAAAUGUAGAUCUAGAUAAUGUGGAACAAGCAUCUUUGGAUACACAGUUGACAUCAUCUAACAUUGGCUUUAGACUUCUCCAGAAGAUGGGGUGGAAAGGGAAAGGUCUUGGAAAGGAUGAACAAGGAAUAAUUGAGCCAAUAAAAUCCGGUAUAAGAGAUUCAAAAUUAGGGAUUGGAAAACAGGAGGAAGAUGAUUUUUUUACUGCAGAAGAAAAUAUCCAGCGGAAAAAACUUGAUAUUGAAGUAGAGGAGACAGAAGAAAUUGCAAAAAAGCGGGAGGUUAUGGCAGAACGUGAGCAAAAAAUUCAGACCGAGGUGAAAGAAAUUCGUAAGGUCUUUUAUUGUGACCUCUGCAACAAGCAGUACAAGUUGGCUAUGGAGUUUGAGGCUCAUCUAAGUUCCUAUGACCACAAUCACAGAAAGCGUUUUAAAGAAAUGAGAGAAAUGCAUGGAAGCAGCGGUCGUGAUGACAGGCAGAAACGAGAACAACAACGCCAGGAGAGGGAGAUGGCUAAGUUUGCUCAGAUUGCCGAUGCCCGCAAACAACAGCAGCAGCAGCAAGAUCAAGAAGAGCAAUCUGCUGUGGUUUCCUCCUCAACGAGAAGUGCCACUGCACUUGCUGAUCAAGAUCAGCGGAAGGCGUUAAAGUUCGGUUUCUCAUCAAAAGGUGGCACAUCCAAGACCUCAUUUGCGAGUGCUGCCAAAAAGAAGCCCAAAGCAGCUGUAGCCUCAGUUUUCAGCAACGAUAGCGACGAGGAAUAGAAAAGAUCGGCCCCAUUUGCUGGGAAUCAAUCAAAUUUAUGAAUAGGAGAAAGUGUCAUUUACUUUCAACAAGAAGAUAAAGUGUCGCUCACUUCAUUACAAGUACAAGUGUUGUUGCUUCCCCCUCCCCCACUUUCUUGUUUUUAAUCUUCAAACUCGAGCACUGGCUGUUGUUGUACACGCUGGAAUUUGGGAUUUCUUUUGACAUGUUAACAUUGUAGUUGAGCUUUAAUUAUUUCUGCCAGAGGUUACAGUUUGCUCUUA